AGAUGAUUUUCGAAACUACGCAAACAUUUGUUUCAAAUACUUUGGAAACAGAGUGAAACGUUGGAUCACUCUAAAUGAGCCAUGGGCUUACAGUAGGGAAGGUUAUUCAGUUGGGAUGUUUGCACCAGGUCGAUGCUCUGAAACGGUAGAUUCAACUUGUCUCGGAGGUGAUUCAGGAACAGAACCUUAUAUUGUUACACAUCAUCUACUGCUUGCUCAUGCAGCUGCUGUAGAUCUGUACAAGAAAAAGUACAAGGAUGAUCAAAACGGAGUGAUAGGAAUAACACUUAUUUCUCGUUGGUUUGAGCCAUAUUCAAAUACCGAAGCAGAUAAAAAAGCUGCUGAACGAGCACUUGAUUUCUUGUUUGGAUGGUACAUGCAGCCAUUGACAUCAGGAAAAUACCCAGAGAGCAUGCGUUAUUUAGUUGGAAGAAGAUUGCCAGAAUUCACAGCAGAAGAAUCAAGACUUCUGGCUGGUUCAUUUGAUUUUCUAGGGUUAAACUAUUACACCACUAAUUAUGCCGCUGAUCAACCUUCAUCCAAUCUCAACCCUAGUUAUGAGACAGAUGCCAAUGUCAAUUAUUUAACUGAACGCAAUGGUAUUCUAGUUGGUACACCGACGGCUUCUAAUUGGUUAUUUGUAUGCCCCAAAGGAUUUAAAGACUUGUUGCUCUAUGUUAAAGAAAAGUACAACAAUCCCUUAAUUUACAUUACUGAAAAUGGUAGGGGAAAUGAUGUGAAUGAUGAAGGACAAACACGCGAAGAAGCUCUACUAGAUAUUUAUAGAAUCGAUUACUAUUAUCGUCAUUUGUAUUAUCUACGUUCAGCAAUGAGUGAGGGAGUAAACGUAAAAGGAUAUUUUGCGUGGUCACUAUUGGACAAUUUUGAAUGGAAGAAUGGUUAUUUAGUUGGAUUCGGACUAAACUAUGUUGACAGAAAUGAUGGCUUGAAGCGAUAUGCCAAACUCUCAGCACGAUGGUUUAAGAAUUUUCUUCAGAGGCCAGAUCCAAAUCCAAAUUAGAAGGAUAAUAGCAUCUGUAGCAGACAUAUGUUACAGUCUCAAACUCUCUUAUGUCAUGUUGCUUAUUUAAUAAAUUUCAAUAAAUGGGUGUGCCUUUAAACUUUUUAUAAUGAAAUGUACCUUUCAAUAAUUUUAGUAAUAA